AUGAUGAGAACAAGUGCCUUGUACAAAGCUUCCCAUGACUGCAUGCAUGAGAAGUUAAAGAGUGUCGUGGACACAUUUCUGCCUCCGGGGUAUGGCAUCUGCAUCCCCAGCAUGGAACUCUACGUGGAAAAGUCAAUCCCAACACCUGAAGCAGCAGCACUCACAGCAUCCAUACUCAAAGCAGCAAAAAAAGCAGCAGCACCACACGUCGCAACACUCACCGCAGUGGUAGAAGAGGGAACGUUAAAAGGAACAGACGUACUCCUCUCAGCACUCAUCGCAGCGUCAGCAGCGGCAGAAGCAGCACCCAUACUAACAACAACACCCUCAGAAGCAGUGAAAGCAGCACAACAACUCGACUCAGCACUAUGGACAGCGAUACUAGCAGCCGCCGCAGCAACACCUGCAGCAAUAGAAGUAGCACUCUUUGAAACAGUAACCUCACAUGCACCAUUGCUGCAGCAGUACUCAUCGCAGACAACACCAAACAACAACACCCGUAGCAGCAGCAGAAGCAGCCACCACACAGGCAGAAGAAGCUGCAGACGCAGCAACAACACCCUCACUAAAAGUAUUCAUCAAUGCACUACAGAUGGGGCAAUGUGCGGCAGGUGUGAGGGCAUUGAAGGGGACACCCCGAGAAGCAGCAGCAACAGAAAAAUUCGCCUCAGCACUAUCCUGGGUGGCAGUAACAGCCACAGCCGCCACACCCGCAGCAGUAGAAGCAGCAACAGCAGCACUAGUCGCCGAGUAACAGGAGUAACCUCAGCACAGUCACCACCACCACCACUGUCACCAUCACCGAUGGACACCUCAGAUGUAGCAGCACCCACACCAAAACCAGUGGCAGCCACCACAGCACCCUCAUCAACAGCACCCACACCAAAACCAGUGGCACCAGCAGUGGCAGCCAAUCCUUGUGUCAGUCAUCCUAGGUCAUCCUAG